AUGUCAGACAUUAUCAUCCCCCUCUUCCCUGCUGUCUGUCUGUUUCUCUCCUUCCUCUUUGUCAUCUGUGUAUAUCGCAGCCCCAUCUCCCAUGUCCAACGGUUUUCACUAACAGGGAUAUGGAAGAAGAAAUGCACGCCUGUUGGUUGGAAAUCUAUGUCCGAAUCUGAAUUCGAAUUCAAAUUCGAUUCCCAAUUAGAGAUGGAAAGAGACCGGUCGUCGACAUCGACAGGGAUCACCUCUCAGUGCACUCCUCUCGCUGAAUAUUUCGAUCCUUACACCUCCCUGCUCUACGAUCAUCUUCUCGACCCCGCGCUGCCGCCAACACCGAGGUGGGAAUGGGAGCUCCGUCAACGAAUCGACGAAGGAAAAGGCUUGGGUGCAUGGAGGGAUCGGCUCGUGGAGAGGAUAGUUCGAUGGUUGCAAGGCGUGCAGGAAGCGGUGUAA